AUGUCUCGCUGGGUGAUGCCUCUUGAACUCGGCGAGAGAGACGACGGACUGAUUCGUCACAUCGGACGGCUCUUCUCCAAAUGUAACUGCUCUGGAGAAGAGGCUGUCGAGGUCGCCCUCGUCGGCUGGGCUUCUGCGAACCACGCUCAUGGCACGGAUCAGGUCUUGGAUUUGGUCGAUCCUGUCCGUCAUCUGCAGCAGGGCCAGGUUGUGCUGAGCCUGCAUCGUCCGAAGGUCUUCGAGCGCACUGCGAUCUAG